AUUUUUUGGAUCAAGAAAGAUAAUUUCACAUGGCGGCCAUAGCGCAAAAACCUGAACAAAACGAGUAAAAUUUGAAAAUUACAAAGGGCGUAUAUGGACAAAAACUCGGCAAAUCAUUAAAGCCCUAGGGUGAAAAUAGGUGUUUGUAGGAAGUAUCGUAAAAUAUAUAUAACUAGUCGAUAAGCCCAGCUAGCUAGGCAUGGUAGAAGGUGUUGUAAACCAGAUCCACUAAGUUAACCAAAGAAGUAUGUUUUUAACAAAAGGCUACUCUGGUGUAAAGAAUCAGAAAGGUACCAACCUAAUAUAAUUAAACAUGUUAAAAAUUGUAAAACAUCUGAAAUAACGUUAAAAAAAUUGAGAAAUAGAGAAAUACCUAACCUGUUGUGUUAGUGACCAACAUUCGCUAACCGAUAUAGUUACUUUUCUUAGCAUAACAGAAUAAGCGAAUGUGUUACAAAUAUAUUUGGUAUUAUACUCUUAAGUAGGAAACGUUAUUAACAAAAUAAAGUUGAUUGAUUGUCCAAAUCUUUUUCUACAUGUGUUGUAUUUAUAUUGGUUUUAAUAGGCAAAUGAUAAGAAACUUAAAGCUAAUAACAUUAUUUAAUGGCACUAUUACCGUGAUGCAAUACAUCUUUAAUGAACUCUCGUUUUAAUAGAUUUUGUGAGGAUAAGUAAAUAAACUUGUGAGCUUUCGAAAUGUGAAACUAUUAAAUUAUUUUAGAAGUUCUAAAGCGUAUGAUAGAUGGAAAAUGCACUGUGUGGUUAUUUUUAUGGUAUUGUGUCAUCUAGUUAACCCUGGAUUUUGCGGACAAGUAAUACCAAGAACAGCAAGUAUGACAGUGUAUGUUAACCAACCAGCAAGGCUAUUUUGGAAUGUUAUACCAGAUAUUGGCGAAUUCAUUUCGUAUGUGCAUAUGAUCUUUGGGAAUCCGGAGAGAAAAAUACUCUACACCUACCGUGCAACUUCAUCCUCGCCGAAUAUGAUCAUUCAUCCUCCAAGUAAAAGAUUUGGUGAUAGGAUUACUUGGAUGCUAAAUCGUACGCCUGUCAUGUUAUUGAUCAAAAAAGUGAAGUAUUCUGACGCAGAUAUUUUUUUUCUAUCAGUAAUUUUUGGAAAGAGCAAUCCAAGACUCAAAGUAACGCACGCAGUAAAAUCAAUACUUUUAAACGUACAAGGUUUGCUUUGAGUAUAUUAUUCUUGGUACUAAAAUGUACUCCGUGAAAACAUCCACGGGUUUGCACGUCCUUUAUAUAGCUCAUUUUGUGUUUUCGUACCACGACAUUUUUUUCUCGCGCACAAAUGGACAGACAGAAUGCUCCUAUUAUUAUAGAGACUAACCAGGGACACGGCGUCCAAACACCGAAUUAAACCACAAGUAACUGUGUAAGCCGAUCGAUGUUGAACGCCGGGUGGAGUACUUAAUAAGAGCCAUAAACUGUGCCAUACGCCCAGGUGGAGCGCUUCAGUACAGGUAUUUGUUAACCGUUAGGAUUAUUCAAGUGCGUAAUACGGGUUUUUAGGCAAUCUGAUUGGACUAACGCUCUUGACGACGGGCCGAUAUGGAGCGGUAUUGCCCGUCGAGAACCAUUAGAAAUUAUUCUAAAGGGACUUUCGAAUUCUGCAUGAAUUUUUUUUUUUUUUUUUAUCUAACUUACACCGUUAACAAAUAGUUUCAAAUAUAAAACCUAUAACACGAGACUAAGUCCUUUCAAUAUAUUACACGACAUUAUCUAUCACAAAAUUUGAAUUGCCACAACCCGUAAAAUGAAAAUCAACUAAAAUUUAGUUAUUACGUAUCGUACACAUCGUCCUCGUCCACAAAAGUUUACACAAAGGGUAAAAAAUCAACGUUUAAAUUCAAUAACCUAGUAUUUGGCAUAUUCCAUCUACUAGCUACAAUAUUUUAUCCAAAAUGUAAAAAAAACACACAAAAAGUAACUUCAAAAUAAAAAAAAUCAGUUCUUUUAGACCACAGUUUGAACCAAAUUAAUUUAUAGCUACAAAAGUAAGUCAAAGUUGUACUUAUUGUCGGUUAAUCAAAUUUAUUUUUUGGGAAUUUAUUUUCGCAGAUGAUCAAAAAAUGUUCUAAAAAUUGUCCGCAAUGUCCGCACAUAAUAAAAAAGGAAUUUUUUGUAUAAUUUCAGAACUUUUCAUUUUAAACUUUUAAAAAUUUAUUUAAGGGUUUAAAGGAACUAAAAUCACUAGGUCGGUAAUGAGAUGCCCAUACGCACGAAAUCGUUUGAAAAUUUGUUUAGUCGUCACGGAGGUCUAAAGGUUAUUUUAUGACGUUGCCAUUUAUCCAACUUUAACAGAUGGCCUAGAUUUUAGAUAUAUCUACCGCUUUUGUUUCUAUUAAAACUCAAAACUUAUAUUAUUAUUAUACUGUUAUAUUGUAAGAAUAAUAAAAAUGUCGCAGUUAUCUUAAGAUAAAAAAAGUAUAUCCAUAACUUAACGUUUUCGUCGAGUUUCUUGUUUUGUGGUAAAUGCUUGAUGCGAAUGUAACAUUUUGUAGUUUUUCUCCCUUUGUUGUACUUAUAUAUGUUUAUUUAGAAGAAACAUCGGUAUGGAAAACUUGGCCUCAAACAUUUAGCAAGGCACCACUUACCACAACCAUGACUUUAAAUAAAACAUUAAUGAAAAGCACGCCAAUGAUCAAGACACCACCUACCACCAAUAUGGCUUCAAAAAACACAUUGGCAUGGAAAAGUUCUUUUCGAACUACCAAUAAGCAACCAGCUACCACAAGGAUAACACUAAGUAAGAUGAAUUUUUUAUACAGUAGACUUCCGUUAAUUCCAAGGCCGCUCAAUUCGAAUUUCCGUUAUUUCGAACAUUUUGCUAAUUCGAACAAUUUCUUAGUCCCAAACACGUGUUUGUUGAUUUUAUAUAGAAGAAAAACCAUUUUCGUAUUUGUUUAUUUUAUUACCCCCAAGUGGCUGAAAUGGCUGAAAUGUUCACAGGUUAUGGGCCCAGUCCACCAAGAAACCAGUGGCAGAACUUGAUUUUUUUAUGGGGAUGAACGAAAAUUAGAGAUAUGGGAAACAAAGAUUUUAGGUUACAUGAG